AUGUCUUCACAGUACCAAUCAGUGCAUCUUGCUGCUCGUCCCACGAGUGAAAUCGUUCCUGGAGAGACUUUCGAGGUCAAAUCGAAUGCGGCACCCAAGGAGUCCGAUCUCAAGGAUGGCCAAGUCAUAUUCCGUUCUCUGUACCUCAGUCUCGACCCUGCCAUGAGAGGAUGGUUGAAUGUCGCUAUCGGUACUGUCGAAGCAUCCAAAUCCGACAGAUUCCCCGUCGGCACUCUUGCUACUGGCUUUGUCGGCUGGACCGAACUCGCAGUCGUUGACGAGAAGACCCUCGAACGUGUUGACCUGCCUUCCAACGGCCGCACCACCGACGCCCUCGGUGUCCUCGGCAUGACCGGCUUAACCGCCUACUUCGGCAUCAUCAACGUCGGUGAAGUCAAGGAGGGCGACUUUGUCGUCGUCUCCGGUGCCGCCGGCGCAACCGGAAGUGUCGUUGCCCAAAUCGCCAAACUCAAAGGCGCCAAAGUACUCGGUCUUGCCGGCAGUGACGACAAAGUCUCAUGGCUGAAGAACGACCUCGGUCUCGACGAUGCUCUCAACUACAAAGACGCUGACUUCACCACCAAAUUCCGCGCCGCGACAAAGGGCUUGAUCGACGUCUUUUUCGACAAUGUCGGCGGCGAGAUCCUCGACCUCGCUUUGUCGCGCGCAAAGCCUUUCUCUCGCUUUGUGUGCUGUGGCGCCAUCAGCGAUUACAACAGUGCUUCUCCCCGCGGACUCAAGAACUACAUGAUGAUCAUUUCCAUGCGCAUUCGUAUGCAAGGGUUUAUUGUGUUUGACUUUGCGGACCAGUAUGCCACUGCCAGACAGCAAUUGGCGCAAUGGCUUAACGAGGGUAAGUUGCAGAGAAAGGAGACUGUCAUUGAAGGUGGAUUGGCCAAGGCGGAGCAAGGAUUGAGAGACUUGUACAAGGGCGUCAACACUGGCAAAUUGCUUGUCGAGGUUAGCAAGCAGAAGGACGGUAAAGCUAGACUGUAG